CGCUGUGCUUUUAACAGAGCUCAUGAAUGAGAUCAACAUAGAGCUGAGUAAGCUUGGUAUUGUAGUAGGUCCUGAAUGUAUGAAUUAUUGGUCAGACUCCAGCAUUGUAAUUGCAUGGAUACACAGUCAGCAAUUGCUGAAAACCUAUGUUGCGAAUAGAGUAGCACAAAUUCACGACCAUACUAUUAAGGAGCAAUGGAGACAUGUAUCGACCACUUGCAACCCGGCAGAUUUGAUAUCGAGGGGCGUGCCCGUUGAAUCAUUGCAGCACAGUGAGCUCUGGUGGAAUGGUCCUCAGUGGCUUAAUAAGGAUGAGUGCACUUGGCCAAAAAGUUCCGUUGUCACUACAGACGUAACCGAAGUACGCACAGUAAAGUUAGUACUUACAGCAACUCACGAGGUAAAUAAUCCAAUACUUGAAAGGCAAUCCAGCUGGUUACUAUUAAUUCGAAUAACAGCCUGGAUUCUACGCUUUGCACACAAUACAAAAACGUCUGCCAAUCAUGAGAAGAUCAACGGACCACUGACUUUUAAAGAACUACAGGCAGCACAACUCGUAUGGUUCCGUAUUGCUCAGCCAGCUGAUUUUCCUCGUGAACUGCAUGAUCUUCAAAAAACACGCCAAGUUGCUCGUAAAAGUUGUCUACGGACAUUAAACCCGUUUAUUGACGUAGAUGGACUUAUUCAUGUAGGAGAUCGUAUGACAGCUACGUCAUUGUCAUAUACUAUCAAACAUCCAAUUGUCAUUCAUUCCCGCCACAAAAUCACUCGGUUAUUUUUUAAGUAUGAGCAUGAAAGACUUUUACAUGUAGGUCCUCAAGCUCUGCUCGCUCAGAUGCAUCGGUUCUGUUGGCCCAUUCGUGGUAAGGCGUUAGCUAAAACUAUUGUUCAUAAUUGCAUUACGUGUUAUCGAUUCUCGCCGAAAUUGCAAACACCACUGAUGGCUCCUUUGCCAAAGGAACGAGUUAAAAUUGAGCGACCAUUCUUCAGGAGUAGCGUUGAUUUCUGUGGCCCAGUACAUAUUAAAAGUGGGAUUAGACGUGUUAAGUCCAUUAAGUGUUACAUUGCAGUAUUCAUAUGUUUUGUAACAAGAGCAAUACACCUAGAACUAGUGACAGACAUGACAUCAAAUGCGUUCCUGGCAGCGUUAACGAGGUUCAUGUCCAGAAGAGGCACCUGUUCACAUAUUCAUAGCGACAACGGAACAAAUUUUGUUGGUGCCAACAAAGAACUCAGGAACUAUUUUCAAAACAGUAACGCAACUCGAGCAGUGAAUGACACUCUCGCCAAUCAUAGGGUACAGUGGCAUUUUAAUCCUCCAUCUGCUUCCCACUUUGGAGGACUGUGGGAAGCAGCGGUAAAGUCAGCAAAACAUCAUCUGCUGAAAGCAACCAAAGGCGCAUUGUUAACUUUUGAAGAGAUGAGCACAUUAUUGUGUCGUGUAGAGGCUAUCUUGAAUUCUCGACCAAUGACAUCAAUAUCCAGUAACCGAAGUAAUCUAGAAGUACUUACUCCUAGCCAUUUUCUCACAGGCGGACCAGCUAUCUUACCACAGGAGCUGGAUGUAUCAACAAUCCCAAUUAACAGGCUGCAAAGGUUUGAGCUAAUGAGAGCACAAAUUCAGACAUUCUGGAAAAUAUGGAGCCUGGAGUACACACCUCAGCUACAGAAAAGAGGACGUUGGGCAUCAAUUAGUCGUAAUUGGAAGUCAGUACGAAUAGUGGCAACUCAUCCAGGAAAGGACAAUGUAGUACGGGUAGUUACUGUGAAGCUAAGUACAGGCACAGAGUUGAAGAGACCAGUGGCAAAAUUAGCAUUGUUACCCACACCAGAUGAAUACAACGAAGAGGACAACAAUCACAUGAUAGGGUAACCAUGUUAUUCCAUUAUAAACCAAUGGUCACGAAUUGGCACCAUUCAUUAUAUUAUUUUAUUUAUUUAGUUCACAUAUUUUCAAUGUAUUCAAUUUAUUCACAUUUGUAUUGUAGUUAGUAUUUAGUCAAUUAAUUCAAGUGUAUACGUAAUUAAUUGUGCAAUUUGUAUUCAGAAAGAAUCUCACAAUUUUAGCUUAAAAGUUCCACCAACUUUCAAAGGGGGGAAAAUGUUGUGUUUAAUUGUCAUUUAUGUUAUCAUUUUCGUGCAAUGUAUAGCGGUGCGUUGCGUAUCCCCGGCGGUGAUAAGCCUCCGUGCGCGACCGGUCGGGUUAGGGUUACGUAAUCGUAUUGUUAUCGUCGUACGAAAAUGCCCGUUAUUUCCACGUUUUCAUAUUGUCGGUUAUGUUUUUGUAAAAGUAAAAGUCAUGUUCUCAGUGCCCAAGUUUCGUAAGUUUUCGUGUAUUUUUGGUUUAGUGUGGUGGCACUGAGACAUUUAUCUUCGUUGUGGUGUCCGGCAGCCAAAGCCUUCGUGGUAAAUGUCGUCGGCACCAAUUCGCGGUCUUCCUUUUUGCGUCGUGGUGUACACAUCACCUGAAGUGUCUUCGUGUUUCGUGUCAGCUGUCUGGUAAGUGGCGUUCUGCGCAAUUGUCAUUGCCUAUCAUUUAUAGUACCGUGUUCUAGGGUGGUCACUUGCCAACAGCCAGUUGUGAUUAACGUGGUUUUCAUUCGUAUUGUCUUCGUCUGCGCUGUAGACCUAUCUUCGUGGUGACUGUGCUUGGGUGGUCGCACGUACCAAUUCUGUGACUAAUUUUAUU